AUGUGGUUAAGGUUAUUGUGUAUUGUAGUGAUUUUCGUUUUGGUUGACGCGCGGAGACUGACUAGAAGCAAAAUCGUAGAUGCUGACCGAAGUGAUUCAAGCGGUUCAGAAGAAGCGGAGAUCUUUGUGAGUCACGACAACGAAGGAAAGGCGGUGGUUUCCAAAAAAUACUUGGAUCCACCGCCGGGGAAGAAUGUCUACAUGGUGAAACGCGUAACUGCCAAACCAACGGCGGUUACAGAGCGCUUGGUGGCUGUGACGAGUAAGAGUUGGUCCAAGAUUUUGAACAAACUUGGCGAUGUCCAUGAAGUGGAAUCCAGUGAGGAGGAAGACCAAAUGGUUCCUCCGUUGAAGGUUAGAAUAAGUGAUAGCGAUGAACAAGUGUCGGACGAUGAAGAAGAUGAUGCGAAGAGUCCCAGUGAUCCGAUGGUUAUUGCCCAGAGAUUGUUUCCAGUAUUGCUGCGCCGAGCGAUUGACAAUGUGAUGCAAAACAUUUCGAAGAAUGAUGUGGUGGAGAUGAUGGAUGAUCUGUCAAAAAGGGCAUGGAUAAACAGUGAAUCGGAACGGAAACUAAUGAAUCGAUUGUUGGAGGAUUCCCAUCGUGGUGGGUUAGGAAGUUAUCAUAGUGAAAGAAAUGGAAAUGAUGGAAGUUCAGCUAAACACAAACGAUCAUAUUACACAGAUAAUGCGUUUGAACCUGAAAGCAAUGCGCCUCCUUAUGUAGUGAAUAUAUUCAACAACUCCCACAUAGGGUAUCUUGUGCUGAAACCUGCCUGCAAUGUUACUGGAGACAAUACGAAAAACUGCUCGGAACAGUCUUCAGUUGUCUACGGCCCUCUUCCACAAUCAUUGAAUUUCACCUUUGCGUUACCUAAUUGUAACAUCCCCUGUGCGCAGCCUUCUGGUUCGUUCAGUUUAGACUUUUUGCCAAGAUGUGCAAAAGUACCAGAAAGUACUCAAGCCCCAUGUACGUCAACUACCGAGGAACCUACAACCACUCUUACUACCACACCAACGACAACUACUACAAGUACAACUACGCCAUGUCCUACUACCUCAACCACUACGGAACAUCCAUCGACAAGCGGGCCAACUACAAUUUCCCCAACAACUUGUGAAUCUCCGACAUUGACCACAGUUUACCACCCUCCUCCAUUCUAUCAUCCAAUGCCAUAUCAUGGACAUCCUGAAGGUCACGUUCGACCAUGGUACAAACUAUCACACGUCGAUUACUUCCCAAGGAAACCAUACAUUGUACCACGCCCAAAAUACGAAGAACGCGUCAUCUACGACCCAUACAAACAUCUAGCGUAUGACAUCCAAGAUGACGACUGUGAUUGCAGCAGCGAGGUAGACUGCCCUUCCGAAAACUUCCACGUCAAACGAGAACCGCAAAAACUGCUCCGCUCGUACAGACGCAAACUGCAACCGUCCUCAAAGUCAACGACUACGGUCGCUCCCCUUCAGCAUUCUAUGUCCCAUUCCGAGGAAGCCGUUCGACUGAUCAUCGAUUUGCCACCGGCCUUCAAUUCUGAGGAGGUCCGGGAAGAUACCCAUCUGAUGAAUACGUUGGCCAAGAUUGGUUUAUCGCUGGAUACGGAACGACCGCCGGUCGCGAAGCCCGUUGGAACCAUUGUUAAGAAUCGAUACAGGACUCUUACACCAACACGAAGUCAGCGGGUGCUACCACACAAAAUGAAAGAUCGCGAAAAGGAUGAGAAACCGCCUAAAAGGCCAUCCCGAUCAGCUUCUGAUCCUGCAUUGUUUCUUUUUUAG